AUGUCGUCAGGAGAAUUCCCCAUUAAAGCUAGAAGCUUAGGUAAUAACAACAACGGAGGUGGAGGAACAGGGACAAAGUGUGGACGGUGGAAUCCAACGGUGGAGCAAGUUAAGCUUCUGACGGAUCUGUUCAAGGCGGGGCUACGAACACCGAGCACCGACCAGAUUCAGAAGAUCUCUAUGGAGCUGAGUUUCUACGGUAAGAUCGAGAGCAAGAACGUGUUUUAUUGGUUCCAAAACCAUAAAGCUAGGGAAAGACAAAAGCGUCGUAAAAUAUCCACCGUUGAUUUUGAUCAUCGUCAAGACACAAAUCUCUCUCUUCCUCAACGACACAACACACGUCAUCAUCAACCACCACCUAAAGAUACUUUCGAAGCGUGUGAAAAAGAGGAGAAGGUGAUAGAGACGUUGCAACUCUUCCCAUUGUCGAAUGUUGAAAGAGCGAGAGCAAAUAUUAAUGUUGCGAGCCACAACGAAUACAUACGAGAGCAGGUGAAUACGACUGUGUUUUCCACGUACUCAUCGUGUGGAGCUGAGAUGGAACUUCCGCCGUUGGAUCUUCGUUUGAGCUUUUUAUGA